AUGGGUCUCGAGCCGCCUGAGUCGCCCGAGUCGGAACGCCCUGAAGCGAUGGCUGCCCAGCUUUUGAAUCAUUCCAACAGCUCUCCCACGCGCAAGACUACCUCGAACAAACCCCAGGACCAACAGGAUACGCAUGAAACUUGCCAGUCAAAACGGCCUGGAGCCAUGGAUUCCAGUUUUGAAAUCGUUGUGCCGACAGUGGACAAUGAAAGCGAGUAUGAGUACCUACCAGGCCAUUUCACCGUCCGCCGGAUAUUGAAGUUGGAUUCCGAAAACACCCAAAAGCCCUCAUACACUGUCAGACUUCUUAGUGGGGAGAGACAAACGAUGAGCUUUGACCGACUCAUGCAGCUUAAAAACAGUUCGCAAGCUUUAGAUCAGUUUAACCCUGAUUCAGACUCCAGUGACGAUCUCGCAAUGAUCUUCAGGAAUUGUCAACGUCGCAAGUUGCCCGCAUUUGGUGAUGAUGGUGCAAGAUCCGAAGAAGAAAUCGACCCCGACUUUCACGGAUCUACAAGCCGUCGCGGCCGUCGCCUUGCUUCUAAACGUGCUGAAUAUGCUCAUUAUUUUCGCAUCGAGAGUGGUAAUGAAUCCAAAGAAUCUGAUACUCCAGAAAGCUCGGAUGAUGAGCUCAGCGCUCCUCUUGCCCCUAUCAAAGGCAGGCUACGCCGGGGGAGAAAAGGCAGGCGCCUAUUAUCUAUGGAUGAAGAUUCCGACAACAAUAAAGUCACACGUAAGUCAACCCGGAAAAGAAGAAACGUUCAAAAAGACAUGCGAGAACGACUCGAAGAAGAUGUUUUGCAAGCUGAAAGCGUGAGCCCACGUCGACCGAAAUACACCGGCGCCAAAGAAGUCUUCCGAGAACUUGAGCGUGAUGACGAGUUCCGUAACAGCCAUUUCGCAUGCUGCUCUACCUGCAAUUGGUAUGAGGAUGACAAAGAGAAGGGAGUUCUUGUGUUUUGCCAAGGCUGCAGCUCAUCAUACCAUCAAUUCUGCCUUGGACCCCGUGGAAGCCGAGAGCAUCUUGUCACCAAAAUUGAGGAAGGGAACUUCAUCCUUCAGUGCCGGCGUUGCCUUGGUAGCUCUUACGAGAAGCAUGAUAUCCGCCCUCAUCUUGGCCGCUGUGCGGAGUGUAGGGAGGAAGGUCAAAUGUCCCGACCACUUCGACCGCGCUUCACCUCGAAGGAAGAGCAACAAUUGCGCAUCGAUAACGGCGGCAAAGACCCGGUCACUCAAAUUGACAUGGCUCUGGUCAACAAUCCAGACAACGUUCUAUUCAGAUGUGCCAGUUGUCAUCGAGCAUAUCACGCUGAGCAUCUCCCUCAAAUGAAUGAAACGGGCGAAACGGAUGAAAUGGACCCUCCCAGCGAACCCAAACGCUGGCAAUGCCACGAUUGCUCUUUUGCGCCGGGCGAAAUAGAGAUGCUAGUGGCCUGGCGCCCCAAUCAAUCCAAUGUUGACAAGGUGGAAUUUGAAAUCUUGCCUGAACUUAUUCCAGAGAUUGACAAAGAAUACCUGGUCAAAUGGAAAGGAAAAUCCUAUUUCCGCGUAACUUGGAUGCGUGGUGAUUGGGUAUGGGGUGUCAGCAGUCCCGCCAUGUUGCGGGCAUUCUAUAAUAACCCCAGAAAAGCGAUAGUCACAGAGGAGGAGGCGAUCCCUGAAGAGAACCUCCGGGUAGACAUUGUUUUCAAUGUAUCUCGGGCAAAGAAAUUGACCGAAUAUGAGGCCCACAAUCCUGAGAUGGUUCGAGAGGCAUACGUCAAAUACAAGGGCCUGAAUUACGAAGAGUCUGUCUGGGAGAUUCCCCCUAGGCCAGAUGAGACCGAGCGAUGGGAGGACUUCAAGAACGCGUUCCAAGAUUGGUUGCGCCGAGACAAAAUCGCCCCUCCGGACCGAAAAACACUCAAAAACCAUCUCGAAGACAUUCGCGAACUGGAUUUUGGUUCUGAUUUGGCUUUACCAGAACAGCCAGAAAUGAUCACCGGUGGCCAGCUCAUGGACUAUCAGGUUGAGGGCGUGAAUUGGCUUUACUACAAGCAUGUAACGCAAGUGAAUGCCAUUCUGGCAGAUGACAUGGGUCUUGGAAAGACAGUCCAAGUCAUCGGCCUAUUUGCGACGCUUAUUCAGAGGCAUAAGUGCUGGCCAUUCUUGGUAGUUGCCCCGAAUUCAACGGUCCCUAAUUGGCGGCGUGAGAUCAAGUCAUGGGCACCCGAAAUUCAAGUCGUCACGUACUUCGGCUCUGCGUAUGCGCGUCAGAUGGCUUGUGAACAUGAAAUGUUCCCGAAAGGUGGCAGCCGUCUCUCCUGUCAUGUGGUCAUUGCUUCAUAUGAGAGCAUGAUUGACGACGAAGCGAAGAGGGUUUUGUCCAGGGUUCGUUGGGCUGGUUUGGUGGUCGAUGAGGGUCAACGCCUGAAAAAUGAUAGAUCCCAGCUUUACGAGCGCCUUGCUAGCAUGAAGUUUGACUUUAAAGUUCUUCUCACCGGCACGCCGCUUCAGAACAACAUCCGGGAAUUAUUCAAUCUCCUUCAAUUCCUCGACCCAAUAGCGCACAAGGCUGAGGCGCUGGAAGAGAAGUUCGGAGAACUCACUUCGGAGAAUAUUAGGACUCUUCACAAAUUGAUUAAUCCGUACUUUCUCCGUCGUACCAAAGCCGAGGUCUUGCCCUUCCUACCGCCAAUGGUGCAAAUCAUUGUGCCUGUUUCGAUGUCCUUUGUGCAAAAGAAGCUGUACAAAUCAAUUUUGGGCAAAAAUCCUAUGCUGAUCAAGGCGAUUUGCACGACAAACGCCAGUCAGCUCAAGAAACAAGAAAAGCACAACCUGAACAACAUCCUUAUGCAGCUCAGAAAGUGUCUUUGUCAUCCAUUUGUUUACAGUGGAGAAAUUGAGGAAGUCACGAACGAUUCCACUCUGGAUCACCAGCGCUUGGUGCAGGCUUCUGGCAAAUUCGAGCUUCUGAACUUGAUGCUGCCGAAGCUGCACGCGCGUGGUCACCGUGUAUUGAUUUUCAGCCAAUUCCUUGAAAACUUGGAUCUUGUUGAAGAUUUUCUCACCGGGCUUAAUUUGCGCUAUUGCCGUUUGGAUGGGAGAUUGGUGGCUCGGCUGAAGCAGCAGCAAAUCGAUAAGUUCAAUGCACCAGAGUCUCCUUACUUUGCCUUUCUGCUGUCAACUCGAUCCGGCGGUGUUGGGAUCAAUCUUGCGACCGCUGAUACCGUCAUAAUCAUGGAUCCAGAUUUCAACCCCAAACAGGAUAUGCAAGCCUUAUCCCGGGCUCAUCGAAUCGGCCAGAAAAACACUGUCCUUGUUUACCACCUAACAACCCGAGCAUCCGUGGAGGAAAAAAUUAUGGAAAAAGGAAAGAAAAAAUUGGCCCUUGACCAUGUGCUCAUUGAGCGUAUGGAAGACGAGGAAGAUGAAGAGGACUUGGAAUCCAUUUUACGCCAUGGCGCUCAGGCUUUGUUUGAGAAUGAUGAUUCAGCUGAUAUCCAUUACGACUCGGAGUCCAUCGACAAACUCUUGGACCGAAGCCAGGCCGAAAAGACCGCGGAGAGGAAUAAGGCCCAAGAUUCCGAAAAUGGCGCUGCUCAAGCAAACAACCCUCAAUUCAAUUUCGCUCGUGUCUGGCAGAAGGACGCUGACACUUUGGAAGAAGUGACCGUGAGUGAGGACACGCCUGUGGAUGAAACCGUCUGGGCCAAAAUAUUGAAUGAGCGCGAGGACUAUGCUCGUGAGGAGGCUUUUCGCAAGGCCGAAGACUUUGGCCGUGGGAAGCGAAAGCGAGCUCAGGUCAAUUACCAGAGUGUACAUGAUGAGGCCAACGACCCUGAAGGUACCAAUUCGACAAUUUUGUCCCCAGUCAAACGUCGUAGGGCCAAGGCAACCGGCGAGAGCGAUGACGAAUUCGAGGAGAAAGGCGAGGUUGAAGGAUCUGACUCUGAAAACGACACAGCAGGGGCUGAUGAUGAUUUGGACCUGGACCGUGGGCUCCAGCGCCAGAGAAAGACUCGUCCCUUCAAGCGUGUCCAUGUUCCCGAGUUCCUCCCAACCACAAAUUUGAUGGGCCUUGAUGGCACUUCGGAUCCUAUUGCGCCUUGCAUUGCAUGCGAAAGGCCCCAUGGGCUGGGUAAGUGUCCUCUGAAAGUGGCUGGCGUUGAGCAUUGUCCGCUCUGUGGGCUUGCACACCUUGGAGGACGGCGCGCUUGCCCCCAUUUCCAUUCCAAGCUCCAGAUCCAGCGUAUGCUGGAAGCAUUGUCUCGAAGCAACGAGUCUCCCAGUCUUAUCGCCGCGGCCAAGAGAUAUCUGAGGGGUGUCAUUGGCUCUUUGACACAAGUCGAGCGCAGAGAAUCUGCGAAACAGACCUCCCUGUCCGGCAACUCCACUCCGUCGAACCAAAGCCCUGCCCCACCGGCGUCUACUACCGCAAACCAUCCUCAGCCCACUCGUACUAUCUCAGAGCAGUACAGAAAGUAUCCGCAGCAGGCUGAUCUAUCCAAACCUGUAACCAAUCUCGCUACGCCAGAGACCAGCAUGACCCGGCCUUCCCUCGGCACUUUCGUGCAUCAGCCAGACAGAAUGCCUUUGCAACAAAACGUUGUAUCCACAACGACACGGCAUCCCACGAGCUUGGAAACCCGCCCGGCUCAUCACGUCUCACACUUCCCCCGCCCGCAAUGGUCAAGCUCAGCGCUUCGGCUCAGCCCACUCGGAACCUCGCAGGCUAUGCCCUUGGAGCGCCCGGCAGUCCCACAGGCCCAUCAACCUCUCGCGUCCGACGCAGGAAUUGUUGACUUGACUGGAUCCGAUGAGCUGGAUAACUCUUCCACGGGGCCGUCCAAUUACCUCUUUCUCAAUCAACACAAUUAUUGA